AUGGGUGAUGAAUAUUGGGGUACAUCGUCGGUUACAAAAAAAGUUAAUCAACAAAAAAUAUUCGAUAUCGAUGGUACUAAUACACUUGAUCGCUUUAAAAAUCGCUCGGAUCCAUUGAUCGAACAAAUUCUUGAUUCAAGUCGUUCUACACAAGUAGUAAAUACAACAGGAGUAAAAUCAGCACGAUUCCGUCCAUCAGAAACAACAACAACAUCAGCAGCACCAAUAAUAAAUAAUCCGCCGAAAAGCACAGCAACAAAAAUAAUACCAGAUACGCAACCGAAAAUAACUAUUCCUGCAUCACAAGUAUCACGUCCUUUUGAUCAACCUACUGAAUUUGGUCAAAAAGUUGAACAAACUUUUAAUCUUACUAAUUCAAAUGUAUUUCAUGGUUCAUUAUCAUCAUUAAAUGAUUUACCUGAUAGUUAUUAUCAUAGAGAAUCAGGAGAUGAUAAAUAUGACCAUGAUGAUACAGUUUCAUUACAAAAUCUUCCUGAAUAUAAUCCUGACUCUCCCAAACUAAAACUUCGAAAGAAAUAUGCUGCACGAUUCGGUCGACCACAAGCUGCAACAUCAUCAAAUGAUUUUCAUUCGAAUUUACAUUGGCAACCAAAUGCAGAAGACUAUCCGGAUCAAACUAUCAAAGAUCGAAGUACACAAUAUGAUAAAGAGAUGGAAAUGCGUUGUAAAGAUUUACUAGAAAAUAAAACUGUUAAAUUAGACGAUAUUCGAGAAUAUGAUAAAAAAGUAUCAUUAUUAAGAAAGGCGGUUUCAUUCAAUACACCAAGUGUUACUGUUCCAGUUAUGAUUUUUCUUGAAAAUAGCUUAUCAAGACCUUUGUUUUAUGAAUUAAUUAAACAACAUCCAUCAGCUGUAAGAAAUUAUAUAAAUAUGGCAAAAUUAAGACUUGAAAAUGAUUAUUAUAUAGCAAUGCUAAAACAAUUUGGUCGACAUGAAGAUGUAGCAAUGCUACGUCUUCGACAAGUAAGUCAAACAAGUGAUAUUCAAACUAAAAUGGCAAUAUUAGAUCAAGCAAUGACUGAACUUGGAUCACAUCCAUGGUGGCAUUUACAAGUUGUAGAACAGCGACUUUUACUUACUAAACAGCGUGAAUUACAAACUUCACAAAAUAAUCGAACAGUACUUGAAACAUAUAAAACAUUAUAUGAAACAGAUUUUCGACGACAAAAACAAAGUCGAAUGACGGAUAAAAUAACAAAUGAUCGAAGUAAAGAAUUUGAAACAACUUUUCAUAUGUCUCCGGAAUUAAUUAUGUGUGGUAAAUUAUCUGUGAUAAUGCAUUGUGAUCUACGAACACAUUAUGAUGAUUUUAUUCAUCAAGCAAUCCAUCAAGGAAUUUUUGGAAAAAAGUAUAUUAUUGCACCAGAAUAUCUUGCUGAUAUGGUUCAUAAUUGGGUCCAAUACACUGGUGAAGGACAAGAUAAAGCUAGUGAAAAAACUGAAAGAUUCCUUACAAUGAUUCCCGAUCCAAAUAAACGUAUUUAUUUUGCGGAAAAAUUUCUAAAUUAUGAUGUCGCAAUAGAUACGAUUGUUAAUAUUCUUCGUGAUCGAGUACAAUUAGAAAUUUUACGUCGACGUAUGCCACAUGAUCAUCCAUCAUAUAAUCGAGCUACAACACUUUUAGAAAAUACAAAAUGGCGGAAUUAA